AUGGAGUGGCGAGUGACUUCCUUGCAGACCAGAAGUCCCAGAGUCUUGAUACAGCACCUGUCCGAAAUGGGCAGGUUGGACAGGUCCGAAUCAAUUCUGGACUUUUCUUCACAAUGGCAUCGCGCUGCAACAGAUAAAGACACUUUGGAGGACGAACUGGACAAGGAUUUGCGGCAACGGAAGUUCUUCGAGUGCCGCUGGUGGUGUAUGCGGCUUGCCAAUGUCGACAAAACUCAUUUCCCAGAAAGUGAUGUCAACGACAUGGUCAGCGCGAACCUUGGAGAUCUGCUCGUGCACUGCUGCGACCCGGACGUAUCUGUGAGGAAGGCGGCGCACCACCUUGUUGAGAACUAUGGGUUUGGUGGCCUUCCCUUCGUGCAGCGAUUGAUUGCCGAAGCCAUGCUUGACCGGAUGGAAGACCUGCUUCCAGAGUCCGCCGAAAUCAGCAAAGAGGCCUUCGAGCAUGCAAUGCAAUGUGCGACGCAUCUUACUACCAUUCUGCGCGCACUGACGAAGUCUCAGCGUCAGAAGUGGGUGUCUUUGCUGGUCAGAGCCCUCCAGAUUGAGGAGCAGGACGAAGUCCAGGAGACACUGAUUUCUGAUCUGAAGAUCCUGUGGCGAGUCGAUGACGACCCCAGACGAAGCUAUGCAGAAGCAGAGGAGCAACUGAAGGCUUUCUCAAUGCAUGCCAGCGCGGAUUUGCGGACGGAGAUUUGGCAGCUCCACUUCUGCUGA